AUGAAUAGUAAAAACUGGAAUGACAGGGCUGAUAAAGACUUGUUCUUUACUAUUCUGUCAGUCAAGAACAUUGGCGUCAUAAGCGGCUCUGAAUGGACCACUAUUGGCAAUCAUAUGAGAUGCCUAGGCUAUGGCUUCACCAAUGAAGGCUGUCGCCAGCACUUUCAAGGUCUUCGCCGGGCUCAAAAUAAGUCAGAUACUGCUGGUCCCAAUGGUGAACCCGUGCGACGACAUGAUCCCACCAUGAAUCCAAUCACACGUCGUCCUGGUCCUGGAAGAGGUCGGCCAAGGAAACAACCUCCUGUUCCAGUGGAUGGAACUCCUGGUGAGGCUAUUCCUAGCUCACCUUUGGCCUCCGGCAUCGUUCCUGGGCCUCCCAACUCUGCACCACCUUAUCCCCAUCCUCAUCCCCAGGUAGCCCCUGCUCACAGUGCUCCUCUCGGCAAUCAUCAACCUAUAUCUCCUCUACCAGCACAAGCUGCCAUGAGGCCUGCCAACAUCUCUCCCGCACCUCCUGCCCAGCAAUCCCCUGCUUCCAAUGACAUAGUUCCAGCUCAAGGCCUGGUUACAUACCCAAGCCCUCCUUGUACAACCGACCUCACUGAGAACUCUGCCCAUAUUCAACCGCUUCAACCUGGACAGCCUGAUCAACCUGACCAACCUGACCAACCUGACCAGCACCCUGAGUCGGAACAGACUCAACUUGGACAACAAUCCCAGCCCAAUUACCCACCUCAACCUGAUCAGCAGGCCCAACACGAAGUGCAAUCCCAGCCGAUUACGCAGCUUCAGUCUGACCAAGAAGGUCAACCUGACUAUCAAUCUGAGAGUCUUCAGCAGGAGCCUCCAGAGAUUAGAGAAGCUACCGAUACAAGUGCCGCGUCUCAACCUCCGCCUUUAGAGCACGGUCCUGAGCAUCGUGCCAGUAUAACUUCCGAGGGCUUGCAGCACAUUGACCAUGACAUCGAUGCCGAUGGCGACGCUGAGGGUGAUGACGAAGGCGAUGCUGAAGCAGAUGUCGAUAAUGAUGAACCUAAUGCUAAGCGACAACGGUUGAGUUCGCCAGAGCCUUCAAAAAACGACGACAUGGACCAUGAAGCUGUCUUGGCCCUUGCAGCUCAUAAUGGGUCAUCAGAUUUUGCUUCUGAUUUUGCCACUUAUGGAGAGGCAUAG